GAGAGAGGGAAAGAGAGAGUGAUAGAUAGAGUGAGUGUGUGUGUGUGUGUGUGUGUGUGUGUGUGUGUGAGAGAGGUAGAGUCUCUCCUCGUCUCCGGUGCUGUGUGCAUUCGGAGCUGCCAUGAAUCCCGCCGCCGCGUUUCCGAUCUUGAUCUCCGCGCUGCUGCUGCCCGCCCACGGCCUCUACAUCGCCAGUAGCCUAGAUUCCCUGCAGCACGUGCUGGGGGACUAUGGACUGGUGAGGCCCGUGCUGAGCGACGCGCACGGCCGCUUCUUGUCGCACGCGGUGUCGUCGGGCGCAGCACGCGGGCAGUUCCGUAGGCGCUGGCGCAGAGAGGCGGAACCGGCCGCCGAGCCGCGGGGAGACGACGAGAGGCUCUACUACAACGUCACCGUCUUCGGCCGGGAGUUCCACCUGCGCCUGCGGCACAACACGCGCCUGGUGGCUCCCGGAGCCAAGAUGGAGUGGCAGACGCCGGGCGGCGCGCGCACGGAGGCGCUGCACACCGACUGCAUGUACGUGGGCGACAUCGCGGACGUAAAAGGAGCCUCAGUGGCAAUCAGCAACUGCGACGGCCUGGCAGGAAUGAUCCGAACUGAGAAGGAGGAGUUCUUCAUCGAGCCAGUGGAGACAGGACACCAAGUGAUAGAGCAGGAGGAUGGUGGUGGUGGUCGUCCUCACAUUGUUUACCGUUCUGCUGCUGUGAAGAAGCCUCCCGCCAGCCCACUCGCUGCAGGCCUUCAUUCCAGAGGUGCUGAUCUUCGAGGUCUACUGGAUUUGGAGACUCUGUACGAAGGAGUAGAGCGGAGUGUGAACCAGAGUCGGAGAGCUCGGCGUCAGUCUCCAGAGCGAGCCUACAACAUCGAGGUGCUACUCGGGGUUGAUGAUUCGGUGGUGCAGUUCCAUGGAGCCCAACAUGUCGAGAAGUACCUGCUUACACUCAUGAACAUUGUGAAUGAAAUCUACCAUGACCAUUCUCUGGGAGCACGGAUCAACGUGGUUCUGGUGCGAAUCGUCUUGGUGGAUGCCAAAAAGUCUACGAAUCUGAUCGAGCUGGGAAACCCGUCUCAGAGUCUGGAGAAUGUGUGCCGCUGGGCGUUUGAGCAGCAAAGGAAGGACACUAACGACAAAGACUACCAUGACCAUGCCAUUUUCCUUACACGCCAAGAGUUCGGACCAACAGGGAUGCAGGGAUAUGCUCCCGUGACUGGUAUGUGUCAUCCAGUCAGAAGCUGCACUUUAAACCACGAGGACGGUUUCUCCUCUGCCUUUGUGGUGGCCCACGAGACCGGUCAUGUGCUGGGAAUGGAGCAUGAUGGUCAGGGGAAUCGAUGUGGGGAUGAGGUGCAGAUGGGCAGCAUCAUGGCUCCCCUGGUGCAGGCUGCAUUCCAUAGGUUCCACUGGUCUCGCUGUAGCCAGCAGGAACUGGGCCGCUAUUUACACUCGUAUGACUGCCUGAGGGACGACCCGUUUGAGCACACGUGGGAGGAGCUGCCCCAGCUGCCAGGCCUGCACUACUCCAUGAACGAGCAGUGUCGCUUUGACUUCGGCGCCGGAUACAUGAUGUGCACAGCGCUGCAAAAGGUGGGGCCGUCAGGAGCACAGUACCGCCCCUUUGACCCAUGUAAGCAGCUGUGGUGUGCUCAUCCAGACAAUCCUUUUUUCUGCAAGACCAAAAAAGGACCGCCGAUCGACGGCACCAUAUGCGGUGACGGCAAGCACUGCUUUAAAGGGCACUGCAUGUGGCUGACUCCUGACAUCAUAAAGCGAGAUGGGAACUGGGGCAUGUGGAGCGAGUAUGGGGCCUGCAAUCGGCCCUGCGGCAGAGGACUACAAUUUCGCACUCGUGCGUGUGACAACCCACGUCCUGCAAAUGGUGGACGCACCUGCCCAGGCUCUAACUACCAGUUCCAGGUGUGUAACCCUCAUGAGUGUGAGGAUCCGUACCGGGACUACAGAGCCGAGCAGUGCAGCUUCAUGGACAGCAAGUUUGAGUACCACAACAUGAAACACCACUGGCUGCCUUAUGAGCACCCUGACCCUAAACAGCGCUGCACCUUGUACUGCCAGUCCAAAGAGACACGAGUGGUGGUGAACAUGCAGGAGCUGGUGGAACCAGGCAUCCGCUGCUCCUACAAAGACCCCUACAGCGUGUGUGUGUAUGGCGAGUGUGAGAAAGUGGACUGUCAGAACGUGGUGGGUUCACCAAUUCUGGAGGACAAGUGCGGUGUGUGUAGUGGGGAUGGAACCAGCUGCAAGACUCACAGGUUCAAUUUCACCUUUGCCGAUAAGAAAGGUGUUAUUAAAGUGCUUGAAAUUCCAAGAGGAGCAAGACAUCUGCUUAUCCAGGAACUCAAUGGAACAGCUAAUAUUUUGGCUGUAAAGAACAAAGCAACUGGUGAUUUCUUCCUGAACUCUCAUGGAGAUUACCCAGAAACCCGUUCAGUCAUCGAGAAAGGACUGGAGUGGCAGUACGAGAACAAGAAUUUCAAAGACACCAUUCAGACAGAUGGACCUUUGAAGAAUGAUGUUGUUAUCAUGAUCCGGAUGCACAGCUCAGCACGGGUGAAAGUGUCAAUCAAAUACAUCACCAACUUUGACCGUUUGAGUGACAGAUCCAACGAGAACAACAUGGUGCCUGACAAUGCCGUUCCCUACUCCUGGGUGGUCAAGAAGUGGACGCCGUGCUCCAAGAGCUGUGGGACAGGCACACAGAUGACACGCUAUGGAUGCCGUAAGAACUCCGAGAUGAGGCUGGUGAACCGGCGCUUCUGUGAAAAAAUCAAAAAGCCUUCUGUAAUUUUCAGGGACUGCUACCUACGAGAAUGUGCUCAGCCCAUUUGGGUGACUGGAGACUGGGGUGAGUGCAGUAAGUCCUGUGGCAGGUUUGGGACUCAGACACGCUCUGUGCGCUGCGUUCAGCCACUCAGAGAUGGAAAGUUCAAGUCGAUUCGGAGUCGAUACUGCAACGAUGAACGUCCAGAGGCGAGACGUGACUGCAACCGCAUGCUCUGUCCUGCUGAGUGGAAACUCGGCCCGUGGUCACAGUGUUCAGUGACGUGUGGCAAAGGUACACAAGAGAGGCAGGUGCUCUGUCACACUCGUGACAACACUAUCGGACUGUGUUUGGAAUCCAAACCUCUGGCACUGAGAUCCUGCAGCAUGGACCCCUGCUCAAAGGGCAUGUCAGACUUUAACAAGCACGGCAACUUCCUGAUUCAGUGGCUCUCUCGUCAAGACCAUAAAUCUCCGGUGCAGAGGUUUUCAAGCUCACAGUGUCGCACAGACCGCUCUAUGUUGUGCAAGAUGGCGACGCUGCAGCAGUAUUGCAAUAUACCUGCAUUCCAGCGCAUCUGCUGCAAUUCCUGCAGCAAGGCCAACACAACAAACAUCAUCCCUACAACAAUAGUGGCUCAUCCACUAACUACACCAAGAGUGAGUACCACAAGCCCGGGUUUCAUUGUAAAAACCACAAGAGCUCCUCCAACUGUGGCAGUGAUGAGCAGCACGACAAAUAGCGUUUCAUCUAGAGAAUAUAAUACCUGGGAAUAUACGAUCCUCACAACAGCCACAAGGGUAGAAGCUACAACUCAGAGCAUUCGUUUAAACACACCGAGCAACUUCUUGCCGAGAACAUCUAAGUCAUUCGAUCUCACAACCCAGAGUGCAAACGAUAACGUCACAUUGUCUAUUAAAGGUGAUGCGAUACAAAAUAAUACAGAUACCACUGGAAUAAAUCAGUUAGAUUUCACUUCAGUGACCAUCCCUGGUGCUGACUUUAAUGGAUUACAAGUUGGCAGUGGCUCCCAGCCUGGAAAAGUCGGAACAAUGAUCCAAACCAGAGAGAAUGAUGAAGUAAAUACUUCAGGCUGGAACCAGACAGAAACAUUCACCAAUACCAGCAUGGCUCUUAUAUUCACAACACUAAUACCGACUUUUAAAGAAACGCCAAGACCCGAAGAACGUAUUGCACCAUCGUCCGUCAUGACGACAUCAUCCGUUACAAUACCAUUCGCUGCAACGGUCAGCACAUCAGCACCGACGAUAUUAACGCCAUCCAGGCCGGCCAUCAAAGAGGAAGAAAACAAUCUCAUCGAGGUUCCCUUUCAAAUCAGUGGUGUGGACAACGAGUUCCCAGAGGACAACAUCAUUCCUAGAAAAGGGCGCAUCUUCCUGCGUGAACGAACACGCAACAAACGGAUCCAGGAGCUUCUUGAGGAAAAGAGGAACUUUUUACGCCGAAUGAAACGUGCUCAGGGCUUUUAGAGCCUGCUUUCUCUUAUAGACAGAUGUGGCAAUGCUACUUUUAACUCCAUACUUCGUUUUGGUGCUUGUUUUGAGAACUGAAAGGAAAAAAAAUAAAAAUAAAGCACCUGUGUGCUUCCCAAAUUCA